UGGGCAGGCAUAACAGUGGCUGUCCAGCUUCAAGAUCAGUCCAGAGCUGAGCAAUCUAAGCACAAAACAUCAAAUGAUGGAUUCUCUUUUAACAGUGAAGGUGCGGAUUCUAGUCUAUUAUAUGCUGACCUUCUUCACCUGCAAUGCGGCCUGCCCCAGCGUCUGCAUGUGCUCGACCAAUGGCAUCGUCACGUGCUUAGGUAGUACCAUCAUCGAUACACCGAAACAACUGCCUAUUCACCUGUAUACACUGAAGCUACAGAGCACAAACAUGCACGUCAUAAGUGAGCGAAGCCUGGAGAAUAAGAACCUUCUGACGCGUUUUAGUCUAACUUUUAGCCACCUCCAAGCUGUCCAUCCCCGGGCUUUCCAUGGCGCACCGCAACUUAGGUCCAUCCAGCUGUCAUACAACAAUCUUUCCUCGCUUCCUGCAAGAGUUUUUAGCCCACUUAUCACUUUGGAGCAGCUCCAUUUAAAUAGGAACCAACUGGAGACCAUUACUGCCGACAUAUUUGAAGGACUUGUUGCAUUGCAGGAUCUAGACUUGAGUUACAACAAAUUGUCCAGUCUUGCCUCAGGGGUUUUCAGUAGACUGAUGAACCUUGUGAUAUUGAACAUUGGCAGUAACUACUUCAAAAGACUUCCACCUACUAGCUUUCGCUCGUUGAUCAAACUUAACAUGCUCAACAUUCAGAAAAACCAAUUAGAGACGUUAGAACCUGGGAUCUUUGAUGGACUAGUCAACCUUGAGUAUCUACAUAUCUACUCCAACAAUAUAGCCACUAUUCCCCCCGAGGUGUUCUGGCCACUGAGGAAGUUGAAGAAUAUCACCUUGUCUUCAAACCAACUUCAAUUUCUACCUGAGAGGAGCUUCUAUCACAUGCCCAAGCUAUUUAAGCUAACCCUUUACAAGAACCCACUCUUAUCACUACCAGAUGAGCUGAUGGGACACAUGCCUGAAAUGCCAGAAUUUUACUUGUAUGACACAAACCUCAUCACAGUACCUGGAAAUUUGUUUGCCAACAUGUCUGGGCUGCAGAUCCUAAAACUGCAUUUUAAUGACAGGCUAAGUGAGUUGCCGCCAAAUCUGUUUUCCAGUCUUCCUGAACUGCAGACCCUCUCACUGAAAUCCAACAACCUCCAGCAGCUGCAUCCACAACAGUUUUCCAGACUAAUCAAACUGGACAUAUUACUCCUCAAUAACAACACGCUCAAGAACCUACCUAAAAACAUAUUUCAGGAGCUUGGAAAACUUACAAAGCUUAGAUUUGAUGGAAAACCAUCUCAAGAACCUUCCAGGAGAUAUUUUCAAGUACAAUACAUUUUUAAAGGUUUCUUUGAGUGACAACCCGUGGGAUUGCACCUGCAGCAUCAAAGGUUUUGCAAGAUGGAUUAGACAUAACAAGCAUCUUG